UAGACCCUUCGCAACCAUUAUGACCGUUGCUUUCGCUGACAAGCUUUACAGAACUCCCCAUAUUAGGAAUGAGUGGGAGAUUUCCGUGAACGGCGCGUUUUUUGGCAAAAUAUUAUCAUAAACGUAAGUGAUAAUAUUUUUACGUGGACCGGAAUGAAGAGUGACAUUUUAAAACAUGUUUAUCUGACGUUUUUUUGUAAAACGAUGCUGUUAAAUUAUACAGUAAUUUGAUUGAAAACUGGAGACUAAAUUAGAAUCGAGGCAUACGAUUAUCACAGUCACUUGAAAAGAGAAAAUCGUCAUUUAAAGGCAAUUUAACACCUGAUGACAUUACAUUAGUGUAAGUGAACAGAAUGUCUAAUAACACACACUAUGAUGCUGUAAACUCUUAUUUGCUAUCGCCUUUAUUAAGCUGAAUUAUUUAACUUUUUCUGUGUUCAAAUAAUUUAUCCUAAAACAGCAACAACUAUUACUAAACCAUCCGUAGGCUAAUUUUCUCGAAAACUGUAAACACUGUGUUUCUGAGACGCUAUCUAACUCUUCUGUUCGUUUUGAGUGACCCGCUUAGACCCGCCCCCAACAAUGUUACUCAACCAAUGGCGUGAGUUGGGGGCGGGAAUAUCCGUUUGUUUGACCAACGGCAGAUGGGGACGUAUUCAGAUAGCUGUUUUGAAAACAGGGUUUACAUUUGCAAUUCCAUUAGAUGGCAGAAAGUACAUAUUUCAGCAUUAAGACCUGAUGUACAUAUAUUAACAUUAAGUUAUUAGCUAUUGGCUAAGUUAUUUACUUUGGAAAAUGUUGGUGUCCUUGCUGAUGAUUUACAUGUUCACUUAGGAAUGAAGGUCGAGAUUUAUUUAAAGAUUAAAAGAAAAACACUAGGUGUAUCCUGUUUAGGUCCCUCGUGUCACCAUUAUAAGUGACCCAGAAACAAAGAUUAACAUUUCUGGAUCAUUUCUUUAAAAUUCCACUUAAAACUACUCAAAAAUUUCUUCCAUAGAUACUCGUUGGAAAAAAAGAAAAGAAAACGCUUGUCAGACAAAUGGCGGAUGGCAGCAGUUGCUAAGAAAGGAUUGCUUAGAAACGUUUUAAGGCGGGACUUUGCAAAGGGUCCAACAGGCUUUAUUAUGGAGUUCUAAAAUAUUGAGUAUGGUUUGGCACAAUAUUUAUUUCUCGGUCACAUUAACACUUCCAUUUAAUAUGACUUCCUUUACAGUACAAUAGUCUUACAAGGUAUAAUAUUCUUUAAUGUUUAAGAAUUUGUGGGCCUGUCUGUCCGAAUGUCUGCAGGUGUCAAACCCACCAGUAGAUGCCCAUGAUUUGUCAGUGAUGGCUGGAAAGAAUCGAUUCUCUGUGUCUGACAGGUUUGAGUACCUGCAGGGACUGGUCACAGAGUUUCAGGAUACUGACAGUGUGGAGGCUAAAGAGCAAGUGCUGGCAAACUUGGCCAACUUUGCCUACGAUCCAUCCAACAUGGAAGCCCUGCAAACGCUCCAGGUCACCGAGCUAUUCCUGGACAUGCUGACAGAAGAAAAUGAGAACUUUGUGGAGUUUGGGAUUGGUGGUCUAUGUAAUAUGAGUAUGGAUCGGGAGUCCCGUGAUCAGAUCCUGCAAAGCGGUGGAGUCCCGUUAGUGAUUGCUUGCUUAUCAAGUAACAGAGAUGAGACGGUUCUUUCUGCCAUCACAACAUUAAUGAACCUCACCACGGCUUCCUCGCGUUCUGAGACCACAGACAGUGCAGUGGUGCAGUGUAUGCUGCGUUUCUCUCUCACACAGAACCCACGCCUCAGGAACCUGACUUCUGUCUUCCUGCAGGAUUACUGCACGCAGGAACAAGUGGACAAAGCUCGAGAGGCAAUGCAGGGACAGAGCCAAUCAGCUGUGGGCAUUCCACUUCCAAAGGACUAAAGACUUUUUAAAUCCAAAUGUUCCUUGAAUAUAUACAUAUUUAAAUAUAUGUUGUUUGAUGUUAUUAGGUAAAUGAGUUACUAUGGAAAAAUACUACAUUCACAGAGGUAUUUCUGUAGUAUACAGUAUUUUUAAGACUCCAUAAUUUCAAAAAGAUUAAAAAUGCUGCCUAUGUGAGCUGGUUUAAUCUUAACAUUAAACUUUUUCUUAAUAAGAAUAGCUAAAUAAUCAACUGAUGUUUGUGUUGCUAUACUACUUAGGAACACACACUUAACAUAUGCAAUUUAUAGCUUCUUCUUAAAGGGAUAGUUGUCUAAAAAUGAACAUUAUCUAAUCAUUUACUCACCAUGCCACCAUGGGUAUGUAUGUUUUUAUUCUGUAGAACACAAAGGUUUUUAGAAGAAUAUCUCAGGUCUGUAGGUCAAUGCAAGUGAAUGGUGGCCGGAAAUGUUAAUGUUCAAAAAGCAUAUAAAGGCUGCAUUAAAGUAAUCCAUAUGACUUCAGUGGCUAAAUCCAUAUCUUCAGAAGCAGUAUGAUUUAUGCGAGUGAGAAACAGAUCAAUAUUUAAGUCCUUUAUUACUAUAAAUUCUCCCUGCCCAGUAGGUGGUGAUAUGCAGAAAUAAUGUGAAUCACCAAAAAUAAAAGAAGAAAUUGAAAGCCAAGAUUUAUAUAAAAGAAAUGACUUUAACAUUGACUUUCUUCUCACUCCCAACUAUCAUAUUGCUUCUGAAGACAUGGAUUACUUUUAUGCUGCCUUUAUAUGCUUUUUGGACAAUCAAAGUUCUGGCCACCAUUCACUUGCAUUGACCUACAGAGGUAAAAUAUAAAAUAAAAAAAAUUUGUUUGUGUUCAGGAGAAGAAAGAAAGUCAUACACAGCUGGGAUGGCUUGAGUGCAAGUAAAUGAUGAGAGCAAUUUCAUUUUUGGGUGAACGAUCCUUUUAAGAUUUCCACUCUUCACAUGCCAAGAGUUCAGUUAUUUAAAAGUUUUCAAUUGCUAUGAAUUCCAAAUUUGGUGACCAAUUUACUGGAAGGACUGUUGUCAUGAAACAUUGCUCAUUUUAAGAAGCAUAUUAGACAGGCAAGUGGCUCCAUCCCAUAAUGACCCUUAGAAGCAUGCAGUGAACGAAGGACGCCACCAAUAUUAGCUGCAAGAAAAUUCAAAAAGAAUUUCUGGGGCUGUGUCCAGCACUUUGCUUUUAAAACCUCACCCUAAAACUAGAAGUACAAAGUCGCUAUUACUUUCCAGCCGACAAAUUAAAAUGCUGAGAGAGGACCUCUUUCCAUUCGGUCUCAAUCCCAGCAUCUUUCUGUGAAAAUGUUUUUCACAUCACAAGCCAAGAAGCAAAGCACAGUCUUAAAUGGACACCAACAGGGCACACCUGAGAUCAUAAGCAACAGCUGUGAUGAGGGUAACUGUUAUACUGCCAACAAAAAGAUUGCAUUUGUGCUUAAGUACCCCAUUUUUGAUAUAUUAAGAGGAAUAAAAGAUCCAGAACAUAUGUACUUUAGAUUAAAGUUAGAGCAGAUGUGUGAUUAAAAAUGUCUGCCACAGCUGUUAUAGACUUCACAGACUCCAAUUAACAGGAUACUUUCCCUCUGUGAUCAGCCAAAAAAGUAAAACCUGAUUAAUUUUAUUUCUUGUUAUUUUUUUGUGGUGUAGUGAAUACAUACAGUGCAUUCAGAAAGUAUUCAGACCCCUUAAUGUUUUUCACAUUUUGUUAUGUUGCAGCCUACUGCUAAAAUGCUUUAAAUAUAUAUAUAUAUAUAUAUAUAUAUAUAUAUAUAUAUAUAUAUAUUCACAUCAAUCUACAA